CUUUACAUUUAGGAUGUAGAAAUAAAUUUGAUCAAACUACUGUCAUUUUAACGCAAUAUUGUAAUAUGUCAUUGCAUACUUGUAGCGCAAGAUUGCACAUGCAACUUUUUUAAAUUUCAAAAUGGCGCGUUCGAUUGAUUGGUACGGUUAGAGAAGCAGACUGUAGACUUAUAGUGCAAUUACGAUGUAUGUAUAUACAUGUAUACAUGAAAAUAUCAAAGUAUCGAUGGAUGAGCGAGGAAAGCGCUACUCCCCUCCGGAAACUAAUAGGGAAAAGUAGAUCGUCUGACGAACGAAGUUCAGUCAGCACGGAGAAAACAUUCGGCAAGUAGAGUAAUUGUGCUGCCCCGUAUGACAGACGGGGCUGUCAUAUUUUAUCAAAGCAUAUCUUUAUCCACGAAACCUUCAAAGACAUUAGCGCAACAAUGGCGAUGGGCAAAGGGUUUCGCGUUUACGAAAAGUUGAAACCAUCUCGUCAUUCUUUAAUACUAGAACAGCGAAAUCGAAAGGAGACUGUUCUCUUUGAGUCACAAGCUGUCGCUGUUCUUUCUGCUGAAGAAACUGACAGCUUAAAAGGGAAAUAUACAAAAUUGUUAGAUGCAUAUGGGUGCUUAGGUGUUUUGCAGUUAAAUGCAGGAGAAAAUACCCUUCUGUAUCUUGUUCUUGUCACUGGAUGUUUCUCAGUUGGUAAAGUAGGAGAAUCAGAAAUAUUUAGGAUUACUCAAACGCAUUUUGUACCGCUUCAUUAUGCACAAGGCCACGAGGAUCGUGUAUCUGAAGUUAGGAAAGUUCUUAAUUCUGGUACAUUUUAUUUCUCUUGGUCUGCUGGAUCUCAAGAGUCUCUUGAUAUUACCCUUAGUGCACAGAGGCGAUGUAAAUCCACAACAACUGAUAACAGAUUUUUCUGGAAUCGAAUGUUACACAUACAUUUAUUGAGAUUUGGAGUUGAUACAUCUCAUUGGUUACUUAAAGCAAUGUGUGGUAGUGUAGAAAUUCGAACUGUAUAUGUUGGUCAUAGACAGGCUCGAGCUGUUCUUAUAUCCAGACUAAGUUGUGAACGUGCAGGCACCAGGUUUAAUGUCAGAGGGACUAAUGAUGAUGGUCAUGUAGCAAAUUUUGUAGAAACAGAACAAGUAAUAUAUUUAGAUAAUGAAGUAACUUCUUAUGUACAAACUAGAGGAUCAGUUCCUUUAUUCUGGGAACAACCUGGUAUCCAAGUUGGUUCUCAUAAAGUUAAAAUUUCUCGUGGUUUUGAAGCUUCUGGACCAGCAUUUGACAGACAUUUAAAGAUGAUCAAAGAGAGAUACGGGCAGCAAGUAAUUGUCAAUCUCCUUGGUUCUAGUCUGAUUGGUAGUAAAGAAGGAGAAGCAAUGCUAAGUCAAUUAUUUCAAACUCAUCAUAAAAUGUCAGAGCAUAAUGAUGUGCCUCACAUUCCGUUUGACUAUCAUCAAGAAUGUAGAGGUGGAAAUAUGAAAAAUCUUUCGAAACUAAAGGCAAAAGUAGAAAUGUAUUUAGAAUCUUUUUCACUAUUUUAUGCUGUUGGUAAUACCGUCAUUCACGAACAAAAUGGAACUAUUAGAACAAAUUGUCUUGAUUGUUUAGACAGAACUAAUUGCGUACAAACGUUCUUUGCUUUGGAAAUACUUGGUAAGCAACUUGGAUUGUUGAAGUUGCUUGAGAAGCAACAGAUGGUUUCAAGAUUUGAGGAAGUAUUUAGACAAAUGUGGAUCAAUAAUGGUAAUGAAGUAAGCAAAAUAUAUGCUGGUACUGGAGCAAUUCAAGGAAGUUCGAAAUUAAUGGACGGUGCUAGAUCUGCGGCUAGAACAAUACAAAAUAAUUUAUUAGACUCCAGUAAGCAAGAAGCUAUUGAUAUUUUGCUAUUGGGAUCAACUUUGAACACAGAAUUGGCCGAUAGAGCUCGAUUACUUUUGCCUUCUAAUAUGUUACAUGCUCCGCCAAGUGUUUUGAGAGAAAUGUGUAAAAGGUAUAACGAAUAUGUAAUUACAAUGAAUCUUAGAGUAAGCGUGGGUACUUACAACGUUAAUGGAGGAAAGCAUUUUCGAAGUGUCGGGUACAAAGACUUAUCCCUUUCGGAUUGGUUAUUAGAUGCUCCAAGAAAAUCGUCAUCCUUAGUAUCAGUUGAAUACGACAAUGUUCCUGUAGAUAUAUUUGCAAUAGGAUUUGAAGAAAUUGUUGAUUUAAACGCUAGUAAUAUAAUGGCUGCUAGUACUGAUAAUGUAAAAGCGUGGGCAGAGCAAUUACAGAAAGCACUUUCCCGAGAUACUGAAUAUGUUUUAGUCACAUAUCAACAAUUAGUCGGUGUUUGUCUUUAUUUAUUUAUACGACCUAUGCAUGCACCUUACUUAAGGGAUGUAGCUGUAGACUGUGUUAAAACUGGAUUAGGAGGUGCAACAGGUAAUAAAGGAGCUGCAGCUAUUAGAUGUGUAUUAUAUUCAACGUCGUUUUGUUUCGUUUGUGCACACUUUGCUGCUGGCCAGUCUCAGGUUAACGAGCGUAAUGCGGAUUACGCUGAAAUUACGCGAAAAAUUACCUUCCCCAUGGGAAGAACAUUAAAUACUCACGAUUAUGUAUUUUGGUGUGGAGAUUUUAAUUACAGAGUUGAUAUGGAUAAAGAUGAAAUGAAAGAGAUGAUUAAAAGAAAUGAACUUGAUCAAAUACUACAGUACGAUCAAUUGAAGGUUCAACAAGAACAAGGGAAUGUUUUUAAAAAUUUUUUGGAAGGUUCUAUUACUUUCCCUCCAACGUAUAAAUACGAUGUCUUUUCGGACGAUUAUGAUACGAGCGAAAAGUGUCGUCAACCUGCAUGGACAGAUAGAGUGCUAUGGAAACGUAGAAAACAAGUACCUGAUAUCGAUUGGAAUCCAGGAAAAUUAAUUCAUUAUGGUAGAGCGGAACUGAAACAGAGCGAUCACCGACCGGUUAUUGCAAUCAUCGACGUAGAUGUUCAUUGCGUUGAUCCUGAAAAACGAGAACAGGUAUUCAAAGAGGUAAUUCAAGACUUAGGUCCACCGGAUGGUACCAUAGUAGUAAAAGCAAUGGAAGAAUCAGAUGACAUGGACGACAUCUUGCAUGCUCUGCUGGAAGAUUUCUCUCAUAUCGGUGAAGCGAUCCUCGUCAGAUUUGUCGGUGAAACUAUUUGGAUAACGUUUAGAGAUGGCCAGUGUGCUUUAUCAGCAGCAAAGAAAGGCAUGACUCAAGUGUGCGGUCAAACUUUGAAAUUAUCCUUAAAAUCACCAAACUGGGUGCAGCUAAUUGAAAAAGAAAUAGAGCUUUGUAGCAACACCACUAUUGCACAGUUUACUUCGGAUUCUCCGAUAAGAAGUCCUGUGCAAAGAUUAGAACAGUUAGACAUAACGGAACGACCAUCUCCUAGUAGAGGAAGUCCAAACGGCGUAACUCCACCACCUCGACCUGCACCUCCAGGUCGACCAUCUCAACCACCUAGAAGUCCACUGCAAGAUCGAAAACAAGGACCACGCGCUGGUGUAUUCAGUGUAUUGCCUAAUCAGUUUUCAGCGCCGUUACCCAGAGAAACAGUGGAAUCCGAACAAAGUGAAAGGCUAUCUCCAGAAUCUGCAAUCUAUGAAGAGAUAUUGGAUGGAUCUCCUAGUUACCCCAUACCAAACCGUCCUCCUCCACCUUUACCUCGUACAGAUCCUUCGCAAGAAUCGUCUAGUAGACCACCCAAUACCAUACCUCCGCCAUUACCGCAAAGACAAGCUCCUCCUCCACCUCAACAUCCUCCACCUAGUUUACCUGCACCGAAUGCUCCACCACCCAUUCCAGCAAGAACAUCAGGCGGACCACCUAUUCCAGCUAGAAAUCCACAUUAAAUUGUGGCGUAUGUCAUUCCAUUUGUAAGUGAAAUCACUAGACGUUACUGUGUAGCUAAUUAUUUAUAAAUAUCAAUAGAAAUUAAAUGUAAAAUACAUAGAUUGCUUCCACACAACGUUGAACAACUGUGUAGCUUAUCAUAAACUUUAAAUCUAUUUCUGUGAUUAGUCAAAACUUCGUUCUCAUGCACUAUAAGAAUGUAUGCUUACUGUCAUGCACUUUCCUACAUCGUAUAUAAUCAAGUUUGCUAAAUACCUCAAAGAUUUCAUUAUACGGAUGUAAUAGAAAAUAAGCAGAGUUACAAACCUGAUAUAUAGUGUAAAGGGUUCUUGAUAAUUGUUGAAAUGAAUGGAAUAAUUAUGUUAAUGAAAUCUAUGCUGUUGAAAAUAUCGUAUGAAGAGUUCUUGAAAAAUGUAUAAUGUCUACACCUAGAAAAGAUUAUUACUGUUAUAAUUCCAUAUUUCAAACUACUUUCAUGACAGAUCAGUUUAUUUUCAACAUUAAAAUUGUUUAUUGGCCCUGUGUAGUUCUUGUUAUAUUUAAACAAAAAUAUAUAUGGUUGACAUGAUUUUUGAGAGUUGGAAGAAAAUGAUUUAUAUAUGCUACUAUAAUGCUAAGAAAAAUGUUAGUCUCAAAAUCAGUAUUCUUACAAAAUGUUUUCCAUAUAAGUAUAUAUAUUCCUUUUUAAGUUAACAAUAAGGUGACAAAUGAUAACAAAUGUAAGUUACUCUUAUAAUAGUAUAAAUAAAUUAAUCAGUAAACUUCCAAUUUUAAACACUCUCAGAUAGAAUAAAACAUUACGAUAUAUAUUUUGUAGCUUCAUGUAUUGUAUUAUUGUACAUAUACAUAUAACAUAAAGCAUCAAUGCAAGAUACAAGUAAAAUGAGAUUCUAUGUUUACACAACGAAAAAAACAUUUUUAAUUAUUUUUCACAAUUCGAUAUAAGUACUUGAUAUGUGAGCGCUUUUUACUUCUAAAAAUGUUUCUCUUCUAAAGAUACAAUUUUACGAAACAAAAAAAUUCGGUUUCAAUACAUACAAAGUCUUAUAUUUUAAAACCUAAACAUGAAUUCAGGAAUUUUUGUAAUUGAAUCGUGUAUUUAAUUUAAAAAGAAUGUAAAUAGAAAUGGCUUUAGUAAAGAAAAAAGUUUUCCAAGUGUACCAAACGUACUUUAAUUUAAUUUAUUAAAAUAUUGCUUUAUAUUUCACAACACGAAGCACAGAAUUUUAAAAAAAUAUUUAAUCUUAUAAAAUUUCUUUUUAUUUAUUUAUUUUAGUAUUAUACUGAAAUUGAUUUCUCAAUUUGUAAGUAAUUCUAAUAUUGUCAUUUGUUUUGCAGGUAGAACAAUAACAGGUCUUUAAAUAUUAUUUAAUAAUACGUGUAAAAAUGUUAUGCAAAAAUUUGUAUCAAAUCUAAUUUGUAUAAAUAUCUGUUGUAAACACAGAGAGCUGUGUCUGUCAUUGGAAUACGAACAUUUACGAGGAAAAAAAUUUGUGUCUUCGAGCACAAUUAUGGAAAUAUACUUCCAUUUAGCAUAAACAUAGUUCAUUCCGUGAAUAAAUUAUAUACAAAAAUAUAUCACUAAAUUAUUAGCUAAUUAGUUUUUGAUUAAUAUACUACAGUUAGCAGAAACCAGAUUUUUUUUUCAUUUGUAAAUAGUAUCUGCCUUUAUUAUCAAAAACGUGAUAUAUAAAUCUUAAGUUUUGUAAUUUUGUAAUGUUCCAUUUGCAUAUCAGUUGCUGUAUAAAACAGUAUAAAAUAAGUUAAAAAUUAGUCAAAAUGUUACGAAGUUUUCAGUAGAAAAAAAAAUACGAAUUCUAGCAAAUUAUUCCAUAAUACUAAACCAAAAUAUUGUAAUGGUCAAUAAAAUGCCAAAGUGAAAACACU